AUGAAGCGGAUCUGUCGGAAGGACGGGUUGGUGGUCCAGGUACGAGUUCCCAGCAAGCGCUGUGCAAAGCCUCCUCGCGAGAUUGGCCCAGGCGCAAAACUUGAAACUCUAUUCCGCAUCGGCCGUGCUGCCAUACUGCCUCUGGACACCCAGUUCAUCGUCGCGGACAACAACGAGGAUGCACUCGUCUUACACAAGCUGGAUAUCGCUCCCCUCAAGGCGUACAGCGAUGGCACACGAAUCGACGGCAGAGUCGGCGCGGCUGCCGUGCUCGAGCACAUAGGUGAUGACGGUGAAGUUCAUCGAGCCAAGAGGCAUCUACAUGUCGGCGGCGAGUCGCACUACACAUCCGUCAUCACCGACUUGUCCCUGUACUCGGACAGCAAGGUCGCGCUGAAUGCGGUCAGUGUUGCCGCUCGUCGCCGCCCUGGAUGGAAGCUGGCCAACUUCGUCCUGAAUCACUAUGACCUGCUCUUGCGCCGUCAUCCAACGGCGAAUGUCAUGUUUCGAUGGAUCGCCGGACAUCGGGACGUUGCUGGGCAUGGGAUUGCGGAUUGUCUUGCACGGGAAGCGGCUAUUGGAGGAUCUGUCGCUCGUACGAUGGCCCGUGAGCUCGGACUGGACAAUUACCUGCGCUGGAAUCGACCGACCCGUAAACAGAGAGCCGCGAAGAAGGCUUCAAAACGACACAAACAAAGGAAGGAGGUCGAAGCUACGGAGUCGGGCGCGGACCCAGGCUGCAUAGUGAUAGAUGGCGUCGACCGCCUCAGACCCAAGCGCGCGUGCAGCGUCCUACCACUUCCGCCUGCGCCCAGCGAUGAGCCUAAGCCUCAUGUGCCACACGAGGUCAUCCUGCAUGCGGCUUCCGGCGCGGGAGACUUGGAGGGGGUCAAGUUCCCUAUGGGUCAGGCGUGCUUGUACUACGCGUCUCCGCGUCCGCCGCGCACGCGUCUUGCCGGCGAGGUGCGUCUUCGGCUGCUGCCGUCCCUCGACGACGACUGCAAGAGAUGGACGGACCAGUCCCUGCGAGACGCGUUCGCGCGCGGCCGCGACUUGUGCGUGCUCCCGGCCAGCGCGUGGCGCGUGCCGCUGUUAACGGUCUGGGGCUAUCGCGCGAUCAGGCAGAUGUUGCUGCACGAGGGCCUCGUCGAGCCGGCGGUGAUGCGCACCGCGGAGAAGCUGGGGCGGACGUUCGGACAGCAGAGGCACGGCAGCAGGGUCAUGCACUCGUUCGGACAGCGCUCUGUCGUGGACUCAGGCACGAAGCGCCACCGGUUCUACUUCCUCUGCGAGGGGCUGCUGUGUUCGCACGUAGUGCGAAACCUGUGCUCUUGGAACCAGCGCGGGGCGAAGGAGGCGUACCAGCCGUUCUUGAGAUUGAUAUGCUCGUUCGAGCUUUCGACGUAUCUCGGCCACGAUGGAGGGCGGUUUGUCGUGAUGCGCGUGCUCAACGCCUUGGCUUCGGUCCGCCACGAUGCACGGUACUCGGAACCGCAGGAUAUCCCUCUCCCUCGUGCCGAGACUCUGCUUGCGCGGGAGGUCCGUUGA